GGAGUGUCACCGUAAUGGCGGGCAGACAAGAUGUUCUUCGUUCGAAGUAACAAGAUAAUUCUCGAGAUCAAUUAGAAAAAAAUGCACCGAACCACAACAAAGGGUACAGGUAAGUCAUGCCGCAAAAAGAGGCUUCGUGGAAAAGUACAAUUUUGACUUCGGGCAUUGCGUUCUUUGAAGAAAAUUUUAAAUGAGUCAGUGUACAUGUGCAAUCAUUUAUUAGAGGCAAUUUUCAUUCAAGUUCUGUUAGCUUGUGAGAAAGAUAGAAGUUUACUUGCUUGCUUUUGUUUCUACAGAUAGUAUCAGUGUUGUUGAUUAAAAUUAUAUUUAUGUAAUGCAAUCUUUUUCGUCAAUAGAUGCCAAGGCUGUGAAUGAAAACCAAACUCAUUCAAGUGUGGAAAAUACAGAAAACACAAUGAAGAUGAUUGAACAAGAAGAUUUUGUGGUGACCAGCAGUUUGUCAUUCCAUGAGAACAAAGCAACUGCAGAAGAGAAAUUUGUCAAAUUGCAAAAAAACCCCACCGGGAAUCACCAUAGUAAUGUUAAACUGUCCAGAAGUGUGACACUGUUACAGGGCAUCUCUUUAAUGGUAGGGGUUAUGAUUGGUUCUGGAAUAUUUGUGUCACCACGUUAUGUCCUUUUACAUUCUGGUUCAGUUGGUGUUACCCUAAUGGUAUGGAUAUCAUCUGGUGUUAUGGCAAUGUUUGGAGCUUUGUGCUACUGUGAGCUGGGGACAAUGAUUCAACGUUCUGGCGGCGAACUUACUUACAUUCGUGAAGCUUUGGGUCCAUUAGCAGGUUUUUUAGUAAGCUGGACAAUGGUUCUGAUAUUGAAGCCAGCCUCUGUAGCCAUCAUUACAUUGAGUUUCGCAUCAUACGCUAUUCAGCCAUUUUUGAAUGAGAAAGACAUGGACACUGAACAGCUUAUCAAAUUUAUAGCUGCUGUCUGUAUUAUUUUGAUUACGACUGUGAACUGUGUAAGUUCACGAUGGGCUGGUCAAAUGCAGGUCAUUUUUAUGGUAAUGAAAUUACUGGCUAUUGGGAUUAUAGUCUUGAUUGGGGCUUCUCGAAUUGUCAGUGGACACUAUGAGAAUUUUCAGUCUCCUUUUAAAGGUACAAACCCAAAUAUUGGAGAAAUCGCCCAUGCUUUCUUUAGUGGACUUUGGGCUUAUGAUGGCUGGAACCAACUUAAUUAUGUCACAGAGGAGCUGCAAAACCCUCACAAGAAUCUACCACGUGGAGUAAUGAUUGCUCUCCCUCUCGUCACAUUUUGCUACACUCUUGUUAACAUAGCAUAUUUCAGCAUCCUGACACCGGCAGAAGUUCUCUCAUCUAAUGCAGUGGCUGUUUCAGUGGCUGAAAAAGUGCACCCCACCCUUGUUGUCAUUAUGCCCCUGUUUGUAGCUUGCUCCUGUUAUGGUGCUGCCAAUGGCUCUAUUUUCACCAAUGGAAGAGUGGUAUGUUCAGCUGCUAAGGAAGGUCAUAUGCCUCACUUUUUAGCCACCAUUAAUACCCAUUUUAAUACACCAUUGCGUGCCAUCAUGUUCCCAUCAUCUAUAUCCCUCUGCCUGUUGAUGAUUGGUAAUUUAGAUUCUCUACUAAGCUGCUUCAGCUUUGUGGCUUGGAUUUUCCUUGGUGGAACUUUCCUUUCUCUUCUGAUCCUACGUUGGAAAAAGCCCCAUGAUCUGCGUCCUUACAAAGUAUGGAUUGGGAUCCCUGUUGUCAUGUUAGUGGUAUCCUGUUGUCUUGUUAUUGCACCUUUGUUGGCAAAACCACAAUCAUCUGCAGUUGCAUUGGGUUUUGUCUUGUCUGGGGUCCCUGUGUAUUUGCUUUUUGUUUACCGCAGUAAAUAAGUUGGGUUAAUUUUGAUGAUUCCUUUUGUUAGUUUACCCACAAUGCAUGGUAUAAAAGGGCUUGGGAUUUAGCCG